AUGGCUGUCACAGGCUUUAUCCACCACUUCGGUACCUUCUUGCUCCUCGUAGCAACGGUCCUCCUGGUCAUCACCAGCAUCUCCUCGCCGGUGGUGAACAACAUCUCCAUCUUGACCGUGAAACUUGGUGAUGCUUCCGCCGGCAACGAGAUCACAUUUGGCACGUUCGGAUACUGCAUCCGCGGCGCCAACGCAGAUGGCUCCGACCGCUGUCCCUCCGCCCGCAUCGGCUACGACCCGGCCCAGAUCGUCUCCGAGUCCGACGGCACCAACUACUCCACCUACUCCUCCAACACCUCCGAGGCCCUGACCCGCGUCAUGAUCCUCCACCCCAUCGCCGCUGCCGUCUCCUUCAUCGCCUUCGUCCUCUCCGUCGGCGCUGGCAUGUUCGGCUCCCUCUUCGCCGCCCUCGUCGCCGGCACCUCCUUCAUCAUCACCCUCGUCGCCCUCAUCUGCGACUGGGUCGGCUUCGCGCUGAUCAAGAAGAACGUCAACGACGACUCCGACGGCGGCGCCAGCGACAGCUACGCCCACUUCGACGUCGCCCUCUGGACCCUGCUCGCUGCCGCCAUCUGCCUGCUCCUCGGCACGAUCGUCGUCUUCUUCACCUGCUGCAGCGGUCGUCUGCACAAGCGCCGCCAGCAGAGGUCCAAGGUCGACCACUACUCUCCUCCCGCCACGCACACUCCCUACCGCCGUCGCCGCUGGUGGCAGCGCAACCGCUACUAA